GAGAUUUUAUUUUCCCCCCAGGCUAAAUAUUUCAUAAAAUCACAGAAUAACUGACAGCUGAACAUGGAGACUAUGACGCACAGCUUUCAGGGAGAUCUUACUUUCCCCCUCAGGUCAAACAUUUCAUAGGAUCACGGAGCGGUUGGGCACGUUCGCAGCACGCUGCUCCAAAAACGAGCUGCGGACCCAGACAGGCAUGGGCAAGGCUGCAAAUGUCCCCCUGCCAUGUCCGCCCAUGAGCCACCCAACGGGAGGGCGAGCAUGGCUCAGCUCCCCUGCUGAGUACAAGCCCAUGCCAAGAAGCACAGGCUGCUCUCUGGGCAGGGCUGGUUGGCUGCAACGCUGCCAGCUCCCCGGCGCUGCCGGCAGCGGCGAGAGAUGCAAGCGCAAUGUGCAACGCAGCGCGGUGCUCUCCAGGGCUGGAGUGGCUUUCCAGGGCUGAGCGCCGCGGAUUGGCCCGGAGCACCCCGCUCUCCUCCCUCCCUGCCCUCCUCCUUCAGCACCCUCAACCCACGGAGAUUGGACAGCCGGGUGCCACAUGGCAGAGAGGAACCAGGAUAAAAGAUGAGCAGGUCUGGGGAACGGUAGCGUCUGCAGCAGAACGGCCAGGAAAAGUUUGCAGGGAGGUGGCACCAAACUUCGCCGGCUGCACGGAGCUGGGGCACGGGGCUGCAGGGACGGACAGACAGACAGACACCGGGGCUGCAGCCACCCAGGGACACCCACAGCUUGAGCGCCAGCUGCGGAGCAUCCCGUCCCCUGGAGAGCCUCCGCGCCCAGCUAUGUCCCUGGUGGUGAAGGAGAAGAACCACGUGCGCCUGGUCUUCCUGGGUGCUGCUGGCGUGGGCAAGACGGCGCUGAUCCGCCGCUUCCUGCUGGACACCUUCGAGCCCAAGCACCGGCGCACGGUGGAGGAGCUGCACAGCAAGGAGUACGAGGUGAGCGGCGCCACGGUCACGGUGGAAAUCCUGGACACCAGCGGCAGCUACUCCUUCCCGGCCAUGAGGAAGCUCUCCAUCCAGAACAGCGACGCCUUUGCCCUGGUCUACGCCGUCGACGACGCUGAGUCCUUCGAGAGCGUCAAGAGCCUGCGGGAGGAGAUCCUGGAGGUGAAGGAGGACAAGUUUCCCCCCAUCGUGGUGGUCGGCAACAAGGCGGAGAGCGGCGGCGAGCGGCAGGUGCCGGCGGAGGACGCGCUGUCGCUGGUGGAGCUGGACUGGAACAGCCGCUUCGUGGAGACCUCGGCCAAGGACAAUGAGAACGUGCUGGAGGUCUUCAGGGAGCUGCUGCAGCAAGCCAACCUGCCCAGCCGGCUCAGCCCCGCGCUCUGCAAGAGGAGGGAGACGUUCCCCAAGGAGCACAUGCUGCGGCCGCCCAUGAACAAGACCAACAGCUGCUCGGUGUGCUGAGCCGGCUGCCUGGGGCUGGCAGGAUGGCGGCAGCUGGGAACUCAGGUGGGCUGGGUGGGGAGAAGCGCUGCCUCGGCCAAAAGCGACCCCGCUCCCUCCCAGCCCUUCCCUCCUCGUCCCCACCCAGCCCGCUGGGACCAGAGAGGGUUUGCGGGGUGAAAGGAGGAGACCCUCGGAUGGGAUGCCGGUCACUUUGGUUUGGCCAGCGCCGGGAAGGUGCGGGGAGAAGGCGAGUUCCCAAAAAAGCAGGACGCCCACCUGAGAAACCGCUGCGUGAGCCAGCAGGCGGAGGUGAGCCGAGGCAAGGGGGGGGGGCUCGAAGUGCUGGGGCUGCAGCGGUGCGACGGCGAGCUUGCGGGCAGGCGGGAGGCUCCUUGCCCGCUAGGAAGGGGGACAAGCGACGGGGCUCUGGCUGCUCACAACAAAAAGCAGAUGUGGGCAUCCGUGUGCCGUGCUGCACCCUGCCAGUGCCACCCUCCCGGGUCUCCUCCGGGUCCUGCAUCCACCUGGCCCCAGCACUGGCACGUGUCAUGUUCUGGGGCAGCUACGUUAACACCGGCACAUCCAGUGUCCAAAGUAGUUUUGGUUUUGUACUUGAGUAGGCACGUAGAGCAGGCAAUAUCAUGGUCUAUGCAUCUCUUCAGUUUUCUCUUUUCUAUGUCUGUUUUUUUUUUUAAGUGUACCCAAUAAACAUGUUGCAAAGUA